AGGGGAGGCCUUCAUUCCCGCGAAAGAAGCAGGGUGGUGGUGGUGGUGGUUGUUUAAGUUUCCUCUGCCAAGUGUAAAGGAAAGCUAAUGAACCUUAAUAUCUUUGAAAAUGCAGCUGUGGAGGAGUUGACGCUUUUAUGGAAGCACCCCUAUUUCGAGCUGGCCAAAGGUUCUACAGUUAUGGAGCUGAGUGAUGCCAAUUUGCAGACUCUGACUGAAUAUUUGAAGAAGACGUUGGAUCCUGAUCCUGCUAUAAGGCGUCCUGCGGAAAAAUUCCUUGAGUCUGUCGAAGGAAGCCAAAAUUACCCACUGCUGCUCUUAACGCUGCUAGAGAAGUCACAAGAUAAUGUUAUCAAAGUCUGUGCCUCUGUCACAUUCAAGAAUUACAUUAAAAGGAACUGGAGAAUUAUCGAAGAUGAACCAAACAAAAUCUGUGAAGCGGACAGAAUAGCCAUUAAAGCCAACAUAGUACACCUGAUGCUUAGCAGUCCGGAACAAAUUCAAAAACAGUUAAGCGAUGCCAUCAGUAUCAUCGGUAGAGAAGAUUUUCCUCAGAAAUGGCCUGACCUGCUGACAGAAAUGGUGAAUCGCUUUCAGAGCGGAGACUUCCAUGUUAUUAAUGGAGUCCUUCGCACAGCACACUCUUUGUUUAAAAGGUAUCGUCAUGAAUUUAAAUCAAAUGAACUGUGGACAGAAAUCAAACUUGUCCUUGAUGCCUUUGCACUGCCACUGACAAACCUUUUUAAGGCCACAAUUGAGCUUUGCAGUACUCACGCCAAUGAUGCCAGUGCUUUGAAAGUACUCUUCUCCUCUCUAAUUCUGAUUGCUAAGCUGUUCUACAGUUUAAAUUUUCAGGACCUUCCUGAAUUUUUUGAAGAUAACAUGGAAACCUGGAUGAUGAAUUUCCACAACCUUUUAACUUUGGAUAACAAACUCUUACAGACAGAUGAUGAAGAAGAAGCUGGUCUACUAGAGCUUUUGAAAUCCCAGAUUUGUGACAAUGCUGCUUUGUAUGCUCAAAAAUAUGAUGAAGAAUUUCAGCCUUACCUGCCACGUUUUGUCACAGCAAUCUGGAAUUUACUGGUCACGACCGGUCAAGAAGUUAAAUAUGAUUUGUUGGUAAGCAACGCAAUCCAGUUUCUGGCUUCAGUUUGUGAGAGACCUCAUUAUACACAUCUGUUUGAAGACCAGAAUACACUGACUAGUAUUUGCGAGAAAGUCAUUGUUCCCAACAUGGAAUUCAGAGCUGCUGAUGAAGAAGCUUUUGAAGAUAAUUCUGAAGAAUAUAUUCGGAGAGACUUAGAAGGCUCUGAUAUCGAUACCAGACGUCGAGCAGCCUGUGAUCUAGUAAGGGGUUUAUGCAAAUUUUUUGAAGGACCUGUGACAGGGAUCUUCUCUGGUUAUGUUAACUCUAUGCUGCAAGAAUAUGCGAAGAAUCCGUCUGUCAACUGGAAACAUAAAGAUGCUGCUAUUUACCUUGUAACGUCCUUGGCCUCGAAAGCUCAGACACAAAAGCAUGGAAUAACACAAGCCAAUGAACUUGUAAAUCUGACAGAGUUCUUUGUGAACCAUAUUCUACCAGAUCUUAAGUCUCCUAAUGUGAAUGAAUUUCCUGUACUUAAAGCAGAUGGUAUCAAGUACAUCAUGAUUUUCAGGAACCAAGUUCCUAAAGAUCAGCUUCUGGUGUCUAUUCCUCUCCUAAUCAAUCAUCUUCAAGCAGAAAGUAUUGUAGUUCAUACAUAUGCAGCUCAUGCCCUUGAAAGAUUAUUUACAAUGAAAGGGGCUAACAACACAACAUUAAUUACAGCUGUAGAGAUGGCACCGUAUGUUGAAAUCCUGCUAACAAACCUUUUCAAAGCUCUGACGCUUCCAGGGUCAUCUGAAAAUGAAUAUAUUAUGAAAGCCAUCAUGAGGAGCUUUUCUCUGCUUCAGGAAGCCAUCAUUCCGUAUAUCCCUUCUCUCAUCACUCAGCUCACCCAGAAACUCCUUGCCGUCAGUAAGAAUCCAAGCAAGCCUCACUUCAAUCAUUACAUGUUUGAAUCAAUUUGCUUGUCAAUAAGGAUAACUUGCAAAGCCAACCCCGCAGCAGUUGUAAGCUUCGAAGAGGCGUUGUUCAUGGUGUUCACUGAAAUUCUGCAGAAUGAUGUGCAAGAGUUCAUCCCGUAUGUGUUUCAAGUGAUGUCUCUGCUGCUGGAGAUGCAUAAAAAUGAUAUUCCAUCAUCCUACAUGUCCUUGUUCCCGCAUCUGCUUCAGCCGGUGUUAUGGGAGAGAUCAGGAAACAUUCCCCCUCUGGUGAGGCUCCUUCAGGCCUACUUGGAAAGAGGUGCCAACACGAUAGCGACUGCCGCAGCUGACAAAAUACCUGGACUACUAGGAGUGUUCCAGAAACUUAUUGCCUCCAAACUUAAUGACCACCAAGGAUUCUAUCUUCUCAACAGUAUUAUAGAACAUAUGCCUCCUGAGUCCAUUGAUCAGUACAGGAAGCAGAUUUUCAUUCUGCUAUUCCAAAGGCUUCAGAAUUCCAAAACAACAAAAUUUAUCAAAAGUUUUCUAGUCUUUAUCAACUUGUACUGUGUAAGAUAUGGAGCAAUAGCACUUCAAGAAAUCUUUGACAGUAUACAGCCAAAAAUGUUUGGAAUGGUUUUGGAGAAGAUCAUAAUACCAGAAAUACAGAAAGUGUCUGGACAGGUAGAAAAGAAAAUCUGUGCAGUUGGCAUCACGAAAAUACUCACCGAAUGUCCUCCUAUGAUGGACACGGAGUACACAAAACUCUGGACACCUCUUCUUCAGGCCCUCAUUGGUCUCUUCGAGCUGCCUGAAGAUGACACCCUGCCCGAUGAAGAACACUUCAUUGACAUAGAAGACACACCCGGAUACCAGACUGCAUUCUCCCAGCUCGCUUUUGCUGGGAAAAAAGAACAUGAUCCAGUGGGCCAAAUGGUGAACAACCCUAAAAUCCACCUUGCACAGUCUCUUCAUAAAUUAUCUACUGCAUGUCCAGGCAGGGUGCCCUCAAUGGUGAGCACAAGCUUGAAUGCAGAAGCUUUGCAGUUCCUCCAAGGAUACUUACAGGCUGCGAGUGUCACGUUGCUCUGACCGCUUCCUUUCCGGUGCCAGAGUUUCAAAAUGGUGUCAAAGACCGCUGAUACUGACUGUCUCCUAAGCAUAGCUGAGAGAGGACAAAGCAAGUUGCUCCUUCAAAAGCACUUCGCCGAAUCGUUUGCUCGACGAAAGAUUUCAUUCACACAACCAUAGAUAAAGAAGCAAAAGUGAUUUUCCUGUUCCCGGUUUGCUAUCAGAGGGGAACAGUAAUAGGAGUUUCUCAUUUUGGGAUUGAUUGGAGUUCCACAUCUGCUGUGUUUUGGGUAACAUUUUAAAAUGUAUAGAGCACUGGCUGCAAAACUCAUUUUGUGUCACUAAAAAUCCCCCCCCCCCCCCCUUUUGUCAUUUUUAGUUCUGUUUGUGUCUUCAAAGUUUAUCUGAAUUGUGAAUAAAUAAGCUUUUGUUUAACGGGUCUGCCUAGCAACGUAUGUCUUACUCUGUUAGAAUAAAUUGUAACUGUCUGCAAAUGAUGCCGCUGGUCCCCAUGCCAUACGCAGUGUGUGUAACUUUGUUUGCCACCCUGACAUUAUUCAUUACGAAGUUAAAAUUGUAUUUAAAGAAGUACCUUCAUAGCAUCCUGAUUUCCACUGACAAGUGUAAGGAGCACUCCUUUACUGAAACAUUCGAGUCUUUCCAGGCAAUGCAUAGCUAUAAUAAUAAAUGUCUAUGAAAUCUAAUCUAUGCAGAUGGUUCUUGUUAAGCAACUAUGUUUAGUUAUAUUUGAUAUUCGCUGGUAUGUUUCAGUUUAAUAUCCAAAUAAGGGUAUGCACCCAUUUUCCCCCCAGUGUUUUUUCGGUUUUGAGUUUAAUAGAUUGAAAAAAAAAAUUUAAAAAUCAAAAUGAAAAGCCCAUAAUGAUAUGAGGUUUUUUUUUUUUUGGUUGGCUUUUUCCAAAUACCCAACAAUUUCAGGCCUAUUAAACUUUAUGGGUCAUUUGGUGGGGCUUUGAGUGGGUGUUUUUUCUUUUAAUUUAGAGCCACCACAUUUGCAGCAUAGCUGCAAGUGACUCUCCUUACAAGAACCCCCUAAGUCUGAUGAAGAUUGGGUCAGGGGAUCCAAUUUUAUGAACCCCCCAAAAAGGCUGCCCCCUUGCUUCCACUGGAAACAGUGGAGGAAAAUUUGGGGACCCAAACUUGAGUAUCCUUCAUCCAAUGAAGCUGGUUUGGUUUGGGGUUCUUGAAAGAGAGGAAGAAAAGCGGGGGGUGGGGUGGGGGGAGAAGGAACUGUUAGUCUCUUGGUGGCUCCUCUAAUGAAUGAAAAGACCGAGAAGCUCUCUGUAAAGUAAAAGUGCAAUAUAAAUAGCAGAGCUAGAAGUUUGGCAUUCCUUGAAUGUAAGAACAAUGUCGCUUUCCUAUUAGGAUCCUGAGGCCGACUGAAUGUUGUGGUGAAUGUAUACCGCCAUCCUGUUAAGGUAAGUGGAUCUAUCGCGGGGGGGCCUUUGGUUCUCAAGCUCUUCAUGUAUGAAGAAUAUGACAAAGAAAUCAACCGUUUUUCUAAAGAAUGUAUGUUGAAAUUCUUUUCUGCUGGGAACUUGGGAUUAAAAGUAGGAAGUGCCAGUGGCUGGUUCUGAUUCAGCACAGUCCACGUAGCAAGAGAUGGGACUAUGAACCUCUGUGUAGGAUUUUGAGUAUCUUAGUUCCCUGUGAUAUACAGAGCUUUAGCUUUAAACUUGAGGACUGUUUACAUGAAAUGUUCUUCCCCUCCUUAGUCUUUCUUAGGUACAUAUUUACAUAAACAAAUGUAAUGUGGGAAUUGAGCAACAGCCACAGAUAAGUGGCUGGCUGCAAUUUCUGUUGCUACGGAGGAUGCUGUGACUGUGAGCAUUGCUGCUGGCUCACCGGUGCAGCAGGUGGGGCGGAGGGGGUAGUUGUUACUGCUCGUCCUUUUUUGUAAAGGUGACAAGAGUUUUGACGGAAGUAUGAAUGCCAAAAAUGCUUAUUUGCAGCAGAAGUUGGAACUACCCAAAGAAUCUGCAAGCAUGUAUCUCUUUAAUUCCCUGAAAAAAAGGUUUCCUCAGAUUGUACCAUCUUGAUUUGGUUGCACAUGCAAAGAUCAGUGUUUCAUAAUGUGAUUGUAUUUGCACAACCUGUUCCAUUCAGGAUGUUUAUAAGGUGACCUGUUGUUGCAUGUAUGGGCUGAAAUCCUCCCUCAGCCACAAGGUGGCCUUGAGCAAAUCACUACUGCAUCUUAUGUGGUGAGAAUAAAAAUAAUUUUCUGUA